AUGAACUCGGUCCCGGUCUUUCGCUUCUCAAAACUGUCCUUUGGCGUCGCCCGGACAAGCAUACGGCAGGGCCACACGCGGUCGCGACGCCGGACGGCCCAGCCCGAGCUCACCAACUUUGAGCCGGGCCACGGCGAGCAGAUCUGGGUCUACAGCCACCUGACCUCGAACCAGAUCAUCUACUCGCACACGAAGCAGCUCGAGUCCCACCGCGCUCUCAAACAACUCCCCUUCAACGGCAAAAAGUCCAAACCCGCAAAGCUCCGCCGCGACUACUGGGCCCCCAUGGCCCUGAUUCAGCUCCCCGCCGGCGCCGGCGCUGCAGGUCAAUCCGUCUUCCAGAAGCUCCGCGAGUUCCGCCGCCUGCACGAGCUCUCCUGGAACGACGACCUCCUCUACAAGGAGCAACACACCCCAAUCACCAGGCCCAAGGCCAAGGGCGCGGACGCCGCCAGCUCUGCCACGGGCACGACCCCCGCCGCAAGCCUCACCCGCGUCCGCAAGAUCGUUCGCAACCGCCACGAGCGCGGCGUCGCCCUCAACGACCAGCGCGCCAACUCCAUCGCCGAUAUGGCUGCCGUGCUGGCCGGCUUCGGGCGGGGUAAUCGCCUGAUUGUGAGCCCAGGCGAGAAGAAGGCUGUUCUCGAGGAGGGUAAGACGUUGACAGGGCGCAAGUGGUCCCUGGACCCGCCGGCGAAGACUGCGACGACGACGACGACGACGACGACGACAACGACAGCAGCAGUCGCCGGCAAGGAGGGCGAGGCGGAAGUAGAGGACGUCGCCAAGACGGUCGACGAGCUGUUGCCCGCGACGAUAUACUGGGCCAACGAGGACGACCGCAACUUUGCGCAGGAGUGGUCCGGCAACGUCACGCACGACUUGUUUGAGGACGUCAAGGCGCUCAUGGCGGAGAACCAGUACGCUGAGGAGGAGAUCGCCGCGGAGGCACCCGAGGCGGUCGAGGAGAUUGAGCAGACGGCCGGAGACGACACCAAGUUCAUCAUCAAGGAGCCUGCGCCCGAGGACCCCGCGUCCGAGGAGGGCAAGGAUGGCAAGGAAGGAAAGGACGGCAAGGACAACAAGACUGAGACCAAGGUAUGA